AUGAUGUUGUCACGUAGUAGUGAUAAUAGUCUUUCCGCCUCCUACACCACCACUACCACCGCCACAAACAAUGACAAUAACAUAAUAGAAUCUCCUCCUCCUAUUACUACUGCUCAAUUGGCCCAAAAUCUUUCUUACAAUUGCAGCGAGUGUAGCGAGGUUUUUUCUUCUUCCCAAGCACUUGAUUGCCAUGGAACAAGCCACCAUAUUAAUCCCAUCUUGGCCACACCCAUCACUAUGAUCCCUAGCAACGCCACUUUUGCCGCUAGUAAUGACGAACAUAUGGAAUUUUCUCCUCCUAUUGCCAGUAAUAUUUUUUACGAGUGUAACAUGUGUGAGAAGAGUUUCUCAUCUUACCAAGCCCCAGGUGGUCACAAAACCAAACACGGCAAGUCCUCCACAUCGAACUCCACCGCCUCUAAUAUCUCCAGCCUUAGCCCAAGUGGCAGACCUCACGAAUGCUCCACCUGUCACAAGAUAUACCUCACUGGCCAGGCUUUGGGUGGGCACAAGCGGCUGCAUUACAAAGGCAUGAUUGGCGGAGGCAAGAAAAGCAACGGUGGUGCCCCAGGCCAAAGCCAUUGCAGCAACAUUGUUAUAGACUUCGACUUGAACAUGCCGGCGCUUGAAUGUCCCGAGGAUAUGAAUGAAGUUCUUGAUGAUCAGCCGCUUGAAUGUGACGAGGAUAUUGAUGAUCAGCCUUCGUGUGACGAGGCUAUUGAUUAUCAGCGUUCGUGUGACGAGGAUAUGGAUGAAGUUCUUGAUGAUCACCCUUCGUGUGAAAAGGAUAUUGAUGAAGUUCUUGUCGAUCAGCCUUCGGAAGAAACUUGA